AUGGCUGACGGGCCCCAUGCGGUGAGCAGUGACACCACUGCUCCCUCCGUGGGCACCAAUGGCCAUUUCGCUUCCAUCGGCGAUCACAACGACCCGGCGGCCUACGAGCAUGGCGUGCAGGUCAUCGACGAGGACAAACAGUUCAAUCCCAACCUGGCCAAGUACCUGUCCCUCGAAGGCGUCACCAAUGCCGGCUUCAACUACCAUCUCAUCUCCGUCUUCGGCUCCCAGUCGACCGGCAAGUCGACCCUGCUCAACCACCUGUUCGGCACCAAGUUCAGCGUCAUGUCUGACCUCGAGAGGCGCCAGACCACCAAGGGCAUCUGGCUGUCCAAGAACAAGCUGGAGAGCCAGGGCACGGCCGAUGCGAGCGCGCGGAUGGCCGACAACAUCCUCGUCAUGGACGUCGAGGGCACCGACGGUCGCGAACGGGGCGAGGACCAGGACUUUGAGCGCAAGAGCGCCCUCUUUGCGCUGGCGACGAGCGAGGUCUUGAUUGUCAACAUUUGGGAGCACCAGGUCGGUCUGUACCAGGGGGCCAACAUGGGCUUGCUGAAGACCGUGUUCGAGGUCAAUCUGCAGCUGUUCCUGAAGGACAAGAGCACCACACAUCGCUCCCUCCUUUUCUUCGUCAUUCGUGACUUCAUCGGCGUCACGCCGCUCGAAAACCUUAAAAACACUCUUCUCGAAGACCUGUCGCGCAUCUGGGCCUCGCUAUCGAAGCCUCCUGGCCUGGAGCGUUCUACAAUUCACGACUACUUUGACUUUGCAUUUUAUGGACUUCCUCACAAAGGCUACCAGCCGGAGCAAUUUGCUGCAGAAGUGAAGAAGUUGGGGACGCGGUUCCGCGAGGGAAAGAAGGGUGACUCCCCCGAAAACGGCGUGUUUCUGCCGGAAUACCACCGACGGAUACCGGCCGACGGUUUCGCGCAUUACGCAGAGGGCAUUUGGGAUCAGAUCGUCAACAACAAGGAUCUCGACCUGCCGACCCAGCAGGAAUUGCUCGCGCAGUUCCGCUGCGAUGAGAUACUCCGAGAGGUGCUCGUGGGAUUCGACGAGGCGAUCACGCCAUUCGAGGAGAAGCAGGCAGAAAGCGCUCGUUCCGGAGAGCCGGAGGUGCUGGGCGGGCUGGGUCCCGCGAUGCGGUCUGCGCGCAUGAAGACAAUCAAGAAUUUCGAGACGGAAGCCAGCCGGUACCACAAGGGCGUCUACCAGCGGAAGCGGGCUGAGCUCGAAAACAAGAUCGACACGCGACUGAAGGCCCUCUUCCAAGGCCAGUUGAGCGCGGCGCACAAGCUGGGCGUCAAAGAGUUCAGCGAAGCAGUUUCGGGGGCUGUCAAGGCCGGCCAGAAGAGGGGUACCGGCUAUGAUUUUGCGGAGAUUGUCAGCCAGGAAACCAAGACCGCGAUCGAAAAGUUCGAGGAGGAAGCCCGCGCUGUACUGGUGGAGGGAGCCCCUUGGAGCAGCUACCAGCAGGAGCUGGCUCUGUAUCAGAAAGACUUGGGCGAGGUCAGCGCGCAGCUCCGGAAGGACGAGAUGCGGCGGCUGGCCACGAGAGUCGAACGGUGGGUUCGGUCGCGUCUGGCGGACUCGGUGGGAUUGGAAUUCAACGCGCUUGGCUCGGGUCGAGGAGGCUCGGGAGCGCCAGAGACGGGGAAGAAGCCUGCGGAGGCACGGAUCUGGGACCGGAUCUGGAACAUCUUCGUCGAGACGCGUGGACGAGGUGGACGUCGGUCUGUGGCGGCUCCGGAGGAAGUCGUGGGGGUGCUUCGAGCCAAGAUCGAAGAGGAGAUGAUGGAGGGCAACCUGCUGCUGAAACUGCGCGAGAACUUUGAGGACAAAUUCCGCUACGACGAGGCUGGUGUGCCGCGGAUCUGGCGGCCGACGGACGACAUUGAAGGGGUCUACACGCGCGCUCGAGAGUCGACUCUCGCCCUCAUUCCGCUUUUGUCUCGAUUCCGCCUCGCGGAGACGAAUGCUCCUCCACCGCUCGACCGGUGGGUUGGCCACACGCCGAGUUCCGCGACUCCGGCGGAUGAAGAGGACCUGGUUCCGAUCGGGGGCGUGGACGAGGACGAGGGGAAGAGCUUGGAGGAGGAGACGACGCUGCUGAGCGACGCGAAGCGGCAGGAUCUGACGGUGCGGUUCAAGAAGGCGGCCGACGGGGUGUACGUGGAGGCGAAGCGCAGCGCGAUUGGAGGGAUGACGCAGGUGCCGUUGUAUUUCUACGGGUUGCUGCUGGCACUGGGCUGGAACGAGAUCUGGGCUGUCCUCCGCAACCCAGCCUACUUCUUCCUCCUGUUUGUGUGCGCCGUCUGCGCGUACGUGAUCUACCAGCUCAACCUGUGGGGGCCGAUCAUGAAGAUGCUAGACGCAGCAUCGCGCCAGGCGGUAGAGGAAGGCAAGCGCCGACUGCGCGAGUUCCUCGAAGCGUCCGACACUGGCAGACAAGCGAUCGCCAUGUCUGCGUCGGCGUCGGCGUCGACGACAGGAGGAGGCAGUCGCGCAGCGUAUGCGGAAGAAUACGAAAUGUCGUCGCUGUCGAGUAGUGGGAAGACGACGACGACAGCCACAACGAAGAAAAUAGAAGAGGAGGAUGAUGAUCUGUAG